AUGCAGCUCUGGGCCUGUGGUUUCAAUGCUUGGGGACAGUUACAUUUCGCCGAUGAUGAGGCCAGUGAAUGUCUCAACUCGGAUGGAACGACUCAACGGUCAAUUCUUGACGACCUACCCAAAGAUCUGGAGAAGUUUGAGUGCGUACUCGUCGACCCGGAUAUUGAAGUCUUGAAGUCAUCCCAUUCGGCCAUAUUAAUACGAAAGUCUUCCCAGCUGGUCCAGACCGGUUCCCCUGAUCCUUUCUUCCAAUACCUCUUGUCAGAGGACUGUCAAGUCCCCCAUGAGCACAUAGCCCAAACCCUCAGCGAGAAAGUCGCAGCUUUCAAGACAGGUACUCUCAAUAUAUACGAAAACCUAGAUAAAUACAAGUCAGACAUACCUAUGAUCACGAAUCCAACGGCAGUGGAUGAUGUAAUAAACGUCAUUGCAAAUGAUACCUCUUUCUACGCGCUCACAAAAAGCGGCAAAGUGCUCAGCUGGGGCGACGUACGGCAUCAGAAUAGUCUUGGCCGCGAAGUAAACGAGGAUUCUCCAGCAAAUGUGCCUUGUGUGCUUGAAGACCUGACCUCAGAUCCUAUUACCGGCAUCAAGAAGAUAGCUGCUGGUGGGUAUAUUGCGGGGGCUUUGACGAAUGAGAAUGACCUUUAUGUAUGGGGAGGACGACAGGGUCAGGAGACGCCGCUUCCUGAUAUGAGUGGGAUACCGGAGUCGGUGGAUAUAGAGGGCGAGGAUAUUUUGGAUUUCGGGGUCGGUGAUAGACAUAUCGUUGUACUGACGAUGUCUCAUCGGCUAUGGGUAAUUGGUAACAAUUCCAACGGGCAAUGUGGUGACGGUAGUAAAAAUGAGAUCGGGGCUUGGAAAGAAGUAACCCUGCCUCUGCAUAAAGGUCAGAAGAUUGUGAAAGUGUAUGAGGGAUAUAAGACUUCAUUCGCAAUAAUCGAUGGAGAAGAAGAAUAG